CCUCUCGCAGGCAGUCUAGCAAACUGUCGCGUUAAAACGUUGAAGCAUUGUGUCUAGCCGCUGAGACUGACCACCAUGUACGCCCAGGCAGACGGCGAGGGAGUAGUGCAUGAGCGGCAUGCGAUCGGUUGCAAACGUUCAGGCGCACACGGGCUUCAACCGGUCACUGAUAAUAGCACACAGACCAAACAUGCCCACCGAACAGCAAACUCCAAUCACCACAUGAAGCAGCAGCACAGCAGCGCCGGCACAGGCGCCGCCUCGGGCACCGAGGCCAGGUUUCAGGCGGUCCUAGCGAGAAGCAACCUGCUGCACUGCCUGUGCAUGCAUCUUUUCUACGUGACUGCCAUCCAGCUUGCCUUCGUUCUGCGUUCCGUUUCUGAGAGCAGCGAGGCACCCGCAGCAGCCGGUUGCGAGGCGCAACGGGCGGCCGGGCUUCUGCUGCCGCGCUAUCCCUGUGGCGGCCCCGAGGAGGCUCAGGUGCGUAUGCUGGCAAUGUGCGCGUGGUGCCGGGAGUGAGAAGGGAGGCUGCGGACGGAGUAGACGGAAUUCUUGGCAGGGUUCGCGCUCGGCGACUCAGCGACGCGCUCCGCACGCGCUUGGUUGCCGGCAGAGCAGCUCCAUGAAACCUAGGCAAAACCCAGGCCUCGAACCGCUGUAACGCAGCUGACAAGCGCGCUCAGAACCACAGUCCAACGCGCUUCCCGCCUCUCCUGCCAGCUCGACCGGCGCAAUUCCUCUCCGCGCUGCCCCACACAACCCAUCACAAUUCAAUCAAAAUGCACCCCGUUAUACAGGCACGACACGUCCUGGCGCACGCGCUGUUCUAUUUCGUGGAGCGGCCUACCCGGCUGGCAGACUACGGCGUCGCGUUCAACACCGCGGCAAUGCUGCUCGUGACCGCCUGGCUGCUGCUGCUUACCACCUUGAUGGCGGCGGCCUCGCUGGCCCAGGCCUUGCGCCGCGGCUGUAGCAAAACCACUGGCGCCUUGCGGCCCGUGGGUCGCGGUCGCGGAGGGCUGCUGGCCGCCGCCGACCCGCGCGGCUUCAGCUUCGGCACCAACACUAGCGACAGCAGCGGGGAGUUCGGAGCUGCCGAGCCCUCCCGUCGGCAUGCCUGCCUACAGCUGCCAGCUGCUGGGGCCUCAGGCCAGACAGCCUCAACGGCAGCAGCUGAGGGUCAGCAGCAGCUGCUGCUACUGCCGCCCGCCGCGCAGCACAGCAGCAGCGAGCCGCUGGUGUGCCGUGCUGCGGCCCUGUGCUGGCGCGCCUGGCUGCGCGGCCGCGCCGCCGCGCUGACCGUGACGCCGCUGCAGUCGUGGUGCGUGGCGCUGCCGCUCACGCUCCUCCUGCACAGCUGCUGCCCGCCCCCCGCUGUCUGUACUGGACCCGCGGACACGACCACCGACGCAGCCGCAUCUGCCGUCGUGGCCGUUGCUGCGACUGCGGCGACGAUCAGCGGGGCCGCCGGCCUCUCCAGCUCGCCCGGGAGCACCGCCGCCACCGCCGGCGUGUACGGAAGCCACUGUGCGCUCGUGGCGCCGCCGCAGCUGCUGCCAUCGUCACCUUCUGCGAACAGCGUGGCGCCGCCCUCCUGGCGGCGGCUGGGCUCCUACCAGCUCGUGAUGGGCGCGGUGCAGCGGCCGGUGUGGGACAUGGCCCUCACGGCGCUGCUCAUGGACGGCAUGCGGCUGCGCUUCCGGCAGAUGGCGGCGGUGAGCCUCCUGCGCGCCACAGCCGUGUCGCUGACGGCUGCCUUCGUGCAGGUGAGGGAGGCGGCCGCCGCAUCCCUGCCGGACUCGCCCACCGAUGUCACUGCCGCUGCUGCCGGAGGCCUGGAGGCGGCAUCGUCUUCGGCUACGCGGCUGCACCUGGUGGCGGCGUGGGCGCGCGCGGCGCUGCGGCACCUGGCCGUGAUGCUGCCGCUGGCGUGUGCGCCGCUGAUGUACUGGUGGUGGUCGGAGCAGCGCAUGCGGCGGCGCCUCGCGCAGCUAGAUGCCGGGACCGAUGCGGCUGCUGCGAGUGCUGCUACCGCCGGCAGCGGCCGCGUGCACGCCUCCGCCACGGACGGUUGUGAGGCGGCAACCGGCACUGCGUCGCCAUGUGCCACUGCUGCUCCCGCCACCAGCACUGGGAAGCAGGGCGGCAGCAGCAGCUCGGCUACGCGCGAGCGAGGAAAUGCAUUCCUGGCAGACGCCGCAGCACAGCCGCCUCAGGCCGCCGUAAGGACUGGCAGCUCCACGGCGUCCGCCGUUGCAGCCAGCGACGCCAUCCCGGCAUCUCCCUUCGGCCUGCAUGCCGGUACCGUGAAGGGCUCCAAGAUGGCCCCUGUCACUGCCGCGGCAGCCGCACCAGUCGCACGCCCGGCCCGCCUCACCUCCGCCUACAGCUCCGGAGCGCUCAGCUGCAGCCACGCACAGGACCUGUCCAUGUCAGCGCUGCUUACGUCAGCAGACAGCAGCCUCAGCAACGGCAGCGGCGCCAGCUGCCUUAAUCCUGCCGGCGGCGUGAGCAGCGCUGGUGGCAGCAGCUCUGGCGGCGGUGUGUGCGGCGGCGUGAGCAGUGCCAGCGGUGGCGCCUCCGCCGUCGCGGCUGCGGCUGUCAGCGCGAUGGCCGACGUCCUCCGCAGUGACUUCGCCUCUGCCAUGUCGAGCUGCUCCUGGCUGAGCGACGACGAGGCGAUCACGUCGGGCUCCGUGUUUGGCAAUGAUGACCACAUCCCUGCAAACGCGCUGGAGCUGCCGCCGCCGCACCUGAUGCUGUCUACGGGCGCGCUGCUGCUGUCACCGGCGCCGCGCCGCAGCCUGGAUUCGUUCCUGUCGAACGCGCCGGCAGCACGCGGCGACCGCGGCACCGGCGGCGGGCACAACAGCCGCGGCAGGGAGCGCGGCGGCAGCGCCCCGGCUGCACGCAUGCAGCCGCCAGCUGCAGCCAGUGCUGCCGCGAAGAGUCAGCCCGUAGGUGUACCGGCUGCCAACGCAGUGGUCAAGAUGGACCCGGCGGCGGUACCUCCAGCCGCCGCGUGUGGCCCUGAUGAGGCCAUCAGGGGCUUGCCAUCAGCGGCCGGCCCGCCGUGCCCAGGCCCCAGCUCUGCAGCCGCCGCGGACGGCCAGCAGCAGCAGCUCCCGGCGCCGCCAGCGGAGGCAGCAGUGCCGCGUGCCCACCCGCCCUCACCCAUGACACCGCCGCUCACGGCAGCUGGCGAUGAAGCCGACGGCGAAGGCGCCACGCCAGUCGUUGCAGCCAAGCCGCAGCAGCCCGCAGCCUCCGCCUCCAAGGCGGAACCAGCUAUGCCGCCAGCCGCCGCUGCAGAGAUCACGACGGGCCAUCCAAGCUCCAACCGCCCUUCUCCGCUGUCGCCCGUGCCUCUUGCCGCUGCUGACGCCACGACCCUGGCCCAGCCCGUGCUGCAAGGCACGCUGCACGCCGUGCCGGUGACCGCUGGCCCGCCGCGCAGCCGGCUGGCAGCAGCCGGGCGGCUGCGGCCUCUGGGCAGCGGCCGCAGCAUGCGGGUGCUGGGCGCUGGCGGGCUGCUGCAGCAGCGGGGCGCAGGGGCUGCGGCGCCGUAUGUGGGCCUGACCUGCAUGAGGACGUACAGCGUCAAGGUGCGUGACCCCACCGGCUCUCAUGAGGAAUACGCGGCCCGUCUCGCGGCCGCAGUGACGCCGCUCAUCCUGCCGCCCGGCAUUGCGGCGGAGCGCCACCUGCACCUGCCCACCGCCGCCGCCGACACCACCGCGGCCCACAGCCUGGCCCACAGCGGCCCCCUCACGCCACAGCCGCUGUCCUGCCUGCUCCCAACCACAGCCGCCACCAGUAUCGUGACGAGCGGGAGCGGCGGCUCCAGCCACCUCAUCACCCAGCCAUCUGCGACCGGAGCCUACGCAGCAGCACCAGCACCAGCACCAGCAGCGCCACUGGUCACCGCCACCAACAACGGCCUGUCAUUCACAAGCCCGCCACGGCCGCCAGUGCAGCUGCUGCCGACCGCCACGGCAGCAGCGGUGGGAGCAGCACCUGUAGCGCCCGCGCUCACGGGCGGCUAUGUGGUGGUGCAGGGCUGCGUGCAGCUGAUUGCCUGGGUGCGCGGCGUCGACGGCGCCAUGGUGCAGCGCGUGGUGGAGCUCAACGAGGAGAUGGCGGCGGCCUUGGGACUGGACUCGGCGGCUGUAGCCGCGCUCAUGCGCCAGCAGGAGGAGCAGCAGCACCAGAUGCAGCAGACGCUGCAGCCCACACUGCCGCCGCUGCUGGAGGCGGCAGGCGGCGGCCAGGAGGCGACGCCGAAGGCGCAGCACACAGCUUCGCCGCUGGCACUCCUGCCGGCGGCUAGCAGCGCUGGUCAGUCAAUGGCAGCGGCGCUUCCGGCGGCCGCCGUGGCCGUACAGCCGGAGAUUGGUGUGGCUCCCCCGGCGCCGGUGGGCAUGGACCUGCCGCAGGCGCUGGUGCAGGCCCUGCCUGACGCCUCGCGCAUUGGGCAGUGGACGGUGCAAACUCCUGCUGCUGCCCAGACCGCCCUGCCGCCACCUCUUGCGGCGCCCGUGUCGCCGAUCGCCCUGCCUUCUGGCGGCCUGUCCCUCUCCAUUCCACCUCCAUCUGCGGUAAAGCCGCCCAUCCCUGGAGCUGUCGACGGGCCUACAGCCGCGACGCUGCCAACGCCGCACCUGCCGGCGGCUUCGCCGCAUUCUACGGCGCUGCCGCCGUCCGCGGCGCCGGCGGCUGGUUCUUGCGCACAGCCCGCCGGCGCAUCUGGCGCCGUCACCGGAGUUGCUGCAGCGGCGCAAGGCGGUGUCGGAGAGCUUACCAUCGAGUGUGCGUGGACCCCGUGUGUGCCCAUCGCGCCAGCCUCCUCGCCGCCUCUGGAGCUGGAGCUGGGCCUGACGUCUGCGGCGCCCCAGACGCUGCGGCUGCUGCUGGUGCAGCACGGCACGCUGCUCGCAGACUUCACAUGCGUGCUGGGCGAGGGGCCGCAGGUGCUGCUGCUGCCGGUGCCGCCGCAGCCGCAGCCCACCGUGAUGCAGCUCGUGUUCGCGCCCGCCGCCGGCGCCGCCACCGCAAGCACGCCCCUGCUGUACGACAUCGCCACACUACUCGCCGUACCGGAUGACGUGGCGGGUGAGCUGGCGGAGCUGAGUCAGGUGAUGCGCAUGGAGUACGGAGACGGUGGCGGUGCGGCCAACACCAGCACUGGCGGCGGCGCUGCGUGGCGGGACCACUACGCGCCGCUCAUCUCCGACCUCGCCUACAUCAUGGAGAGGGCGGAGCUGGCGGCGGCUGCGUCCGGCGCCGCAGCUGCAGCCGGCGCCGCCGCGGAGGCUGCAGCCGGCGGCAGCCGCCAGGCCUGCGCCGCCGCCGGCCGCAUGGCGGCGGAGCGCGCCGCCCUGGCGGCGAACGCCGCAGCCGACGGCCCCACGGCGGUGCUGCGGGUGGCGCAGCAGCUGGUGACGUACCUGCAGGGCAAUGGCAUGGCCGCCACAGCGCGCUUUGUCAUGGCCACGGUGCACCAGGCGCUGCAGCUGCACCUGAUGCUAGACGAGGCGGCGGCAGGACAGCGCGGCGCGGCGGCACCUGCUGCUGACGCGGGUGCGGCCGUGCCCGCAGCUCUGCCUGCGGCUGAAAGCUCUGGUGAUGACACGCAGACUGCCGAAUCGGCUCGGUCGGGCCCUGGGCAGGCUGCUGUGCGCCAGGACUCCAUGGCAAUCCAGCUGCCGCCGGCCCUGCCCACCCCGUUUUCCGCGGCUAUGAAGCCGUGGGGCGAGGAGGAGAGCUCAGGCGAGGCAGCCGAGCAGCCGCAGCGGCCGGAUCCACAGCCAUCUUCGCCAGCGCUGAGGCUCCCGCCGGCCCUGCCCACCCCGUUCUCUGCAGCCAUGCAGCCGUGGGGCGAGGAAGAGGGCUCAGACGAGGAGGCCAUCAAGCAGCCGCAGCAGCUCGAACAGCGGUCACCCUCGCCGCCCAUCAAGCUGCCACCAGCACUGCCCAGCCCCUUCUCAGCUGCCAUGCAGCCGUGGGGCGAGGAAGAGAGCGCAGACGAGGCCGAGGCAGCCGAGGAGCAGCCGCAGCAGCUAGACCCGCAAGUACUUUCGCCACCGUUUAAGCUGCCACCGGCACUGCCCAGCCCGUUUUCUGCGGCCAUGCAGCCGUGGGGCGAGGAGCAGGGCAGCGAUGGCGAGAGCGCCAGCAGCGCUGGUCAAGACGUUGGCGGCUCCUCUGCCACGGGAGGCGCUGCGGAGGCGCCUGCUCGCCAGCAGUCUUUGGCCAUGAAACUGCCGCCGCAGCUCCCGAGUCCCUUCGCUGCCACCAUGAAGGCAUGGAGCGCGAAAAGCAACGAUGGCAGCAGCAGCAGCAGUGAGGCAGAUGCAGUCACCGCCCUGCCGCCGUCGCCGCUGUCGGCGCCACUGUCGGCGCCACUAUCGGCGCCACGGACUGCGUCAGCGGGUGCCUCUCGGCAGACUUCACAGCAGCUCAAGUUGCCGCAAGGCCUCCCCAGCCCCUUCGCCGCAGUGCAAGAGCGCCGGGUUGACGGCGCCAGCAGCUUCGGAGACACGGCGGCGGUGCAGGCCAUGGCCAGGCAGGCCUCUCGCCAGCCGUCUACGACACUCAAGCUGCCCAAGGGCCUGCCGAGCCCCUUCGCCGCCACCUCCGCGCCGUGGUCAGAUGCUGGCAGCGAUGAUGACCAGCCGUCAAGCAUCCAGCGCGAGUCACAGCCCCGGCAGCAACAGCAGUUGCAGCAACAGCCUGUUCGUCAGCACAGCGCUGCCCUCCGUCGCCACAGCAGCGCCCGACACAGCCGCCAUGCAAGCCGCCAACCCUCUGCAGCGCUGCUGCCCAUUGACGAGCCCGGUGCGACUGCUGCGGCGUCCGCCAGCAGCGCUGCGUCGACCCUUCAGCGGCGAGAAAGCCGGCAGGCGCAGGCAGAAGCCCACUGCAGCGGCCAUAUGGGCGGCCUCGGCGGUAACGGCAGCGCACGCUCCAGCCACCCCUCAUCCAGUGGCGCCGCGUCUUCGGUCAGCAGCGCCAGCCCAUUCGCGCUCAUGGCCUCACGGCGGCCUCGCAAUCGCUUCGGCAACGGCUCCGGCUCCGGCAGCGCCAGCGGAAGCUGCGGCGCGGGCGGCGGCGACGGCAGUGGAGAAUCCGAGUCGGCGGCGCCGGUCAGCGAUGCACGCCGCCAGCACAACGGCAGCGGCGCCUCGUGUGGCAAAACCGCGCCAUGCGCUCACGGUGCCGCUGCGGCGGCUACCGCCGCCAUGCCGCCGUCUCCCUUCCUGCAGCCCUCGCCGGCGUCGUUUGCGCUCCUCGAGCCCGCUGCCUCCAACUGGAGUGGCCGUGUGACGGCGACGCAGCCGUCCAACAGCUCUCGCACCUCGCCGCCCUUCAGUGGCCGCACCACUGCCGAGAUGCCGGUGGCGCUGUGUGAGCUCGCCAUGGACGCGGCUCUGAGCCCGCAGCUGACGGGCCCCACCACGCCCAUGAAUCAGACGCCUGCAACCCAGCACUCCAUGACGGGCGCCUGGCAGCAGCACCUAGCGAGCCCCUCGCCCGCUUUCGCCGCCACCAAUGCGGCCGCAAGCGCGAUGGCAAGCAGGCGCCGCGGAGGCUGGGUUACGCACCGCUGGACGGACUGUACCGGUACGGCCGCACUGGCUGCCCGGCGGUCCACGGUUGGAGGAUCGGACGGGCCCAGCGGUGCCACUGCAGUCGCUGCAUCGGGGCUCUCUGAACUGCAUCGCGUGCGGUCCGCGGCGCUCCGGGGCGACCGGGCUAGCGCUGAGGCUGUGUACGGCCGAGGCCGCAGCGGCGGCGGCGGCGGCACGUCAAGCGGCGGGGAGGCUGCGGCGCCCCGCAUGCCCCUACCUCCCCGGCAGCGGCGCAUCAGCGAGCACGGCAACGAACCCAGCACUGCCCCCAACGACAUGCAGACCGCCGCCUCGGGCGCCGCAUCCCCGUCGGCUGGCCGCGGCUACCUCUCCAGUGACCUGUGCGGCGGGCUGGCCUGGGAGGAGGUUGUGACGACGGAGGCGGUGUGCAAGCUUGGUGUCGGGGGCGAGAACGCCACAGCAGAGCAGGCCGAGGCUAGCGUAAAGGCCUCGCCGCCAGCCCCGACGCCAGCACUGCCGACACCGGACGCCGGCGCGCGCGGCAGCAUCACCGUCUCACCCGCGGGCUCAAAUGCAGCCGAAGCCUUUGUGAAGGGCGCCUACGGCGUUGACGUAACCAGUGACGGCUUCGCCCGCUGCUUCAGCCUUGGUGGCUCCACGUGCAAUGACAGCUUCGGCGCCCGCAGCCGCUCUGACGGCCCUGCCGAUGCGCUUGCCGGACGCACCGGAUCCCGUCACGGCAGCGGAGGUGGCUCUGGCCGCAUGAGCUCACAGCCCUCCCUUGACGGCGGCCGGACCGGCGGCAGUGGCCGCCGCUCGUCCAUGGGUGCGUCGCUGGCCCUGCUCACCGGCCCCCGCAUCAUGCAGGCGCUGCAGGACAGCUGCUUGGGCUACACGCCUGCUGAUGCUGCGGCGUCGCAGCAGGCGGCGGACGCAGCCGCGGCGGCGCCGCUGGCAACAGCGGCUGCUGCCGCCGCCCGCCCUUCACCGCUGCAGCAGGGUGACCGCAAGCUGCGGCAGCGCCGCGGCAGUGCCGCCCACACAGCCGCCGGCGCGCUCGCCGAGUCCGCCGCCUCCGCUGUUGUGGCUGUCCGCCACCGCUACUCCGCCUUGUAUCAACGCCGGCACACGCGCGCGGAGGCCGCCUACGGGCUGUACCACGCGCGUCAGGCUCUGGCGCUGGACAGCUGGACGCUGGCGUACAUCGGUCUGAAGGCGCUGGUGUGCCUGGCCGUGCCGCUCAUCACCACCGGCACUCUGGACCGGCAGGAGCUGCUGCUGGUGGGGCCGCACCUGCUGCUGCGCAUGCUGUCCUUCGCGCCCAAGGCUGCCGUGCUGCUGCUGGCGCUUUGCACCCGCGCCUACACCGCGCUGGCCGCCCGGAGUGCCAGUGCCACCGCUGCCCUGUUCGCCCGCUCGGCCGCCACAUCUGCUGCCCGGCUGGGCACCACUCCCACCGACACGGCGCUGGUUAUCGUCGCUGAGCCGGCGUGGGCGGUGGCCUGGCGUGAGGCCUGGGUGCUGGCCUGCGGCUACGCCGAGCUGCUGCUGCUGAUGGCGCCCAUGGCACUGGGUCUGGUGCCGCCGCCGGGCAGCCUGGUGGCGCGGCUGCGGGGUCUGGGGCUGGAGGUGCUCAUGGACGGCGUGCAGCGCGUGGCGUUCGACCAGGUACGCACCUGGCGCCGGCUGCCGCAGCACACGCUCCACUGCGGCCUGGUGUACGUGCUGGCCGCCCACCAGCUGCGGCUGCCGCACGCCGCCCCCCUGGCCGCCAUCACCUGGCUGGCCGGGCUGGUCACGUGCCUGGUGCUGGAGGUGCCGCGCCGCAUCGACUUCGCUGCGAUGCACUGCGGCCCGGCUGCGGCUGCGGUGCAUCAGGCGGCGCGGGCGGCGCUGCCACCUCCGGCGGGCCAGUCAGGGCAGCAGGCGCCUAUGCAGGCGCGCUAAGGCCGAGGCAACGGCAUAUAUCUAUUGGUCACCGCAAUGCGCGAGUAUUCAGUUUCACGUCCGCAGCACUCCCAACAUGACGCGCGGGAUGAGAUGGACUCCGUGCGUCGGAUAUUGCAGGCGUCUGAAGUUUUUGUGGGCAUGGUUUUUUCAUUUCACUGGCAUGCGUGCACGUUUGCACGCGCAGCGCAGGGGCCUCACCAAAUACAGUCACAACAAGGAGGCCCCCAAACCAAGCGAGUUGCAAGCAAUAAGUAAACACUAUUCGAGCCUAAGCUCUAUACACGGCCCAAGCGGCGGCUAUGGCAUGUACAGGUAGUAAACUUUAUGGGCGCCGCAUGCUGUGGGCGUGUACGGCCUAGACACGGAGGUACUCGCUCACCAUGCACUUACGACAAUUUUCAGGUGACGGCGAUUUACAGUGCCGUACGUGUUUUGGAUCACGUUGAUGCGUAUGCAAAUUGCAGUUGUGUGUGUGUGUGUGUUGCCAAGCUAUCGAGGCUUCAAAUACUGAAGCUGGCUAAAUAGGAAGCCCCCGGGGCACAGAUGUAGCAGCACCCUGCCCGUACCCAAGGCCAUUGCCGCGGCGGGCGCAGUGGGGUAUGCAGAUAGUGGUUUGUUUUUGGUUAGGGUGGUGGCGAUGCCUGUUUGGUUGGCCAGCGCAUGCAGUUUCUUUGAGUACACAACUGUUUGGUCGAGAUGUAGAGCAGAAGGCACGUGAUGGCUCCUGGAUUUGUGGUCAAAUUGCGGGGACCAGUGA